GUCACAUGGGGAGGUGAAACUACUUUACACUUCAUAAACUUGUAAAGGAAUCAGAGAGGAAAGAAGAACAGCCGAGAGGUAGGGACGUCUCAUUUGACAAAAAGAUCUGGAGCUUUAUUUGAAUCACAUUUAACUUUUUGUAUUUGAACAUCCUUAAAAAUCUGCAAUGGCUUUUAAAGCAUUUACACACACACACGUCUAUGAAAAGCAAUCGACCUCAAAAGAAAAGGACAAGUCCAGCAUCCAGUGCGUUGAGCGCUAUGACCAAAAUGUGUAUUUAGGGACCAAAGAUGCAACAGUCCUGCAUCUCAUCCUUCCCAGUGGCACAGACGGAGACCAGAGCAAAAUCAGAGAGUGUAGGGUGAGAAAACUAGGCUCAAGCCACCCUGUAGCUCACCUGAGGGUGGUCCCACUUUUCAACCAUCUGCUGAUCCUGUGGGACCGGAGCGUCGCCGCCCUCAACAUGUUCUCCUUAGAGCCUGUUCCCGCUCUCAAGAAGAUCCAGCAUGUGAAUUUAUUUGAGGUGUGCAACUCAUUGCUCGCAGCACAAGCAGAAUGUGUGGAGAUGGUGACUUCCUCCAGUCGCAGGAAAGUGAUCCGGAUCCAUGUGGUGGGAGUGGAUAGGUGGGACGUUGUCAAAGAAGUCCCUCUGCUCCAGGACCCCGUGGCCUUGGCAGUGGACGGUGGCUGUGUGUGUGUAGGUACCAGCGACAGGUAUCUGCUCUGUGAUCUUCGGACUGGAGGCAGUGAUGAGCUUUUUCCUCACAAUCACAGCAGGCAGCGUGUCAUUGUAACCUCAAUGGGACGAGGGGAAUUUCUCCUAAACGGGCCUGAAUCUUUGGGCGUGUUUGUGAUGAAGACAGGGAUGUGCCAGCGCCCUCCCCUGCAGUGGCCUCAGGAGGUGCUGGCAGCCGGAGUGUGUUUCCCUUACAUCCUAACCCUGCAGCCCCGAGUGCUGUCUGUCUACAGCGCUGUGGAUCAGCAGUGCAAACAGACCGUGAGUCUCAGCGGAGCGAAGGGUCUCCUCUGCACAUCAGAUGGCGUGUUAGUGUUCACAGAGAGAGACAUUUUCAGCCUGCGCCUGGUGCCACCAGAAGAGCAGAUCCAGACACUUGUAAUGCAUGAGAGGUUUGAGGAGGCCUUAUUGCUGUUGGAUGCAGUUCAGGAUCAACUUCCACUUGACUCAUUCAAGGAGCUACAGAAGGCCAUCACUUGCCUCGCUGGAUUUGUCCAUUUUUACCAAAAGGAUUUUUCUAAGGCCAGAGAUCUAUUCAUUACAGGUGAGCUGGACCCGAGGGAAAUCAUGCGCCUCUACCCUGACUUGUUGUGUCACAGCGAGGAAUUUCAAUCCCAGCUCGAUCAUUUGAACAAGGGCAGGCAUAUCCAGGUGCUCUGCCGAGACAACAGGAACACAUUUCAUCAUUACCUGGCCUUCCUGGGAGAUUUUCUCAGAGCAGUCAGGGGGACGGAGCAAGGCCUAAAGUGCAGUAAGGAGGUGGACUACGCCCUCCUGAGGCUGUACGUAGAACUGGGAGACACUCAAAAUCUGCAGCAGCUUGUAGCAUUUCCCAACUUGUGCAGUCUGGACUACUGCGUUCCUGUUUUGGAGCAACACAGAAGAUAUUUUGCCAUAGGUUCCCUCUAUCAAAGCCAUGGAAAUUACAUUGAUGCAAUUAAGACUUGGGUGAAAAUUGAAGAUGGCCUCCACGAAGACCCGUUCUGCUCAGAUGUGUAUGGCCACAUAGUGCAGACUCUCAGCCAACUGCAAGACACAGAUGUUGUGUGGAAAUUUGCAGAAUGGACUCUUCAAAGAAACCAGGAGAUUGCUGUGCAGAUUUUCAACAAGCGUCCACCAGAUGUUCAAUUUGAGACACAAGAUGUCCUUGCUCUCCUGGAGAAGUACCCACUGGCGAUGCUUUAUCAUCUUGAGUUCUUAAUCUAUGAUUUGAACAGUGAGGAUGAGCGCCAUCAUAACCGCCUGGCCCUGGCGUAUGUUACUCAGUCGCUGCGAGAUGAAGAGGAAUCCGAUUCGCGGGAGACCAGGGGGAAGUUGCAGCAGCUUCUAUGGGAAUCCAGAUUUUAUGACGUCUCCACUGUAUACGAGAGAGUCGAGUCGACCGCUCUCAGGCUGGAGAAAGCCAUCCUGCUGGGUAGGACCGGUGGACACUCGCAGGCUCUGCAGGUGCUUGUUCACCAGGAGGGGGACCUCAAGGCUGCCGAGGCCUACUGCUGCAGGGCCGGGCGGGGCAAGGACGCUGUGUUCAGGCAGACCCUGCUGCUCACCCUGCUCCAAAUAUACCUGAGCUCCGAGGACCUCGGCAGCGCGGCCGUGGAUCUGCUCAACAACCACCCUCGGGUCCUUGCAGCAGAGAAGGUCAUACAGCUCCUGCCUGAAGCCUGGUCUGUUCAACUGGUCUCCCAGUUCUUAGUUGGAUCCCUCAGAGCGACAUGCCAUCAGAGGCGAAUGGCGCAGCUGCAAAAAGCCAUGGCCCAGGUGGAGCUCACGAGACACAAGGUCAUUUGGAUGCAAACCUUAAAAACAAAGUUCAGACUGGAUAAGGGACAGAAGUGUAAGGUUUGUCAGAAAGACCUUGCAGAGCCAGAGUUUGCCUGUAACCUCACUGGUGAGCUGACGCACACAAGCUGUCGUGGUUUUCCCUCAACGUAAAGAUACCGAUGGAUAAUUCAAAAUGUUGUAUGUUUAUGUAAUAUAAAUAUGUGAUUCUGUGCAGUGUUGGAGGUCACGUUCAUUUCUAGCCGAAUAGGUAUCUGCAUCUUAUACCAGAUGUUUCUUCUCGUUUACUGUUUUAAUUUUGACAAAUUUUGCACAAGGUUGUAAUUCAUGGACCUAAAUAAAAAAAUUAAAACAAAAUAGAUUGUUUAAAUAACUGGUUUCAUGAUACAAAAAAGCAAGCUGUGCCCUUUUUCAGGGCAGCAUGUCUGAACCAUUUCCUCGAGACGCUGUACACAGCAAAAGCUAUAAAGGGGAAGACACUAACGGGCAUCUAUUCACUGAUCAGACAGUGGUGUUUAACAUGAAAACCACCGGUGGUCAAUGUGAUGACCAAAAGGAAUUCACCCAUCCUACAUGGCUGUAUAUAUAUGCAUCAUGGUUUCCACAGACUGUGUAUAUUUGCCUGCGUAAAACUGGAAAUAGAAAGUCAACAACUGAGAAGUUGCACGUGAGGGACUUUUUUUAUUCAGCCUGCGCAUUGAUGUACAUUCAUGCUCCAACCUCUCAAAAUACCAUACAUGACCCAACUUCCUUCAAAAUCUUUCAAAAGGUGUUUUUUUUUAAUUGCUCUCUACGCACAUGGUUUAAUAUUUCUUCCUGCAAAAUGCAAUUUUUAGAGCCUAAGGUCUAGUAGAGUACACUGCAUGGAUUUGAAAAGAAUCCGGUUUAAUCGUUCAUGAAAUCAUGAAAAAAAGCCAAAACCAGGCCAAAAAGGCAGAUUUUAAAACAUUAUUUGGAGCGCCCCCUAUUCUUCAAAAAUUAGGGUGUGUUCAGAGCUUCAAUGUCUACACAUGCUAUAUUUUUGGUGAGGGCAGGCCAAGUCAUUUGGAAGUUAAACAUCUGCAAGAUUAAGCCACACCCCAUGUGAAGUUAACUAACCCAUAUCUCAUCAAAACAAUGAGUUAUCAGCACUAUUCUGAUAUAACAUGGGCACAUUGAACUAAUAAUGAUCCACCGAAGGUUUAGUGACACUCAAACUUAGCGUUUAGGAGAAAUUGCCAAAAAUGUGUUUUUCACAAAAUUCAAAAAGGCGGAAAAUCUAGUUAGGCGCAUUUGCAUACCAUGAUUGACUUUUUUGUAGAGCACCUGUGUGCCAACUUUCAAGUUGAUCGGACAUCGGAGUAUGGAGGACAAAAAAUUAGUAUAAAUAAA